AUGAGCUGCCGGCUGGAGCUGUGCCUGGGUCACGUCUGCCAGCCCGGGAUGUGCGUGCCCUCUGUCUGUGCGCCCACCCCCUACCGGCCAGCCACCAGAAGCUCCGGCUCCACGGGUUCCUACAGCCGAUACUUUGAGGGUUCCUUCAAUGGCGAUGAGAAGGAGACCAUGCUGUUCCUGAACAACCACCUGGCCAGCUACCUGGAGAGGGUGCGCCAGCUGGAACGAGACAACGCACAGCUGGAGAGCCGCACUCGAGACGCCUCCCGGUCUCGAGCGCCUGCCUUGGGUCCUGACUAGCAGUCUUAUUUCAAGACCAUCGAGGAGCUCCAGCGGAAGGUUCUGUACACCGAGGCAGAGAAUGCCAGGAUGAUCGUGCACGUCGACCAUGCCAGGGUGGCUGCCGAUGUCUUCAGGACCAAGUACAAGAUGGGGCUGGCCAUGUGGCAGCUGGUGGAGGCCGACACCAGUAGCCUGUGCAGGGUGCUGGAUGAGCUGACCCUGUGCAAGGCCGACCUGGAGAUGCAGGUGGAGUCCCUGAAGGAGGAGCUGAUGUGUCUCAAGAAGAACCACGAGGAGGAAGUCGAUGCCCUCCGAUGCCAGCUUGGGGACCGCCUUAACGUUGACGUGGACGCCGCAACCCCCGCGGACCUGAACAGGGUUCUGGAACAGAUGUGGUGUCAGAACUGUCAGAUGUGGUGGAGAACUAAUCACAGGGACAUGGAGGAAUGGUUCACCAGGCAGAUGGCAGCACUUAACCAGCAGGUAGCCACAAGCUCUGAGCAGCUUCAGAGCUACCAGUCAGACAUCAAUGAUCUGAGACGAACGGUCAACACGCUGGAGAUCGAGCUGCAGGCCCAACACAGCCUGAGAGACUCUCUGGAAUCUACCCUGGCAGAGACGGAGGCCCGCUACAGCUCCCAGCGGGCCCAGAUGCAAUGCCUGAUCACCAACUUGGAGGUCCAGCUGGCCGACAUCCACUGUGACCUGGAGCGGCAGAGCCAGGCGUACCGGGUGCUGCUGGAUGUCCAGGCCCGGCUGGAGUUUGAGAUCAACACGUACCGGGGGCUGCUGGAGAGCGAGGACUGCAAGUACCUGGGGUGUGAGAGGUUUGGAGGAGGUUAUAGGAAGCAACUGGAUCUACCCAUAAGCUCAUCCCACUGCCUGGGCUGCACCAACACUCCUGGAGCAAGAAACAUCUGUGUCUCCUUCAUUGACAUUAGAGACUAG